UAUAAUUUUGCAAACAGCCGUAUAGACAAAGUAAAAGAAAAAUUUAAUUGAUAUUACAAUAUUAAAAAUUCAACAUAAUACGGUUUAUUUUUAUAAAAAGUUUUUGACCAUUUUUGUAAAUUGGCAAAAAAAAUUAAAAAAGAAAUAAUUGAAAGUUGUGGGUUGUUGGAAUUUGUUGGACGUAUCUUUUUAUGUGAGUGCGUUUGCUUGUGCAGUUCCUCCUCUCGUCGUUUGCGAUUUUUGUUUGUGGUGUGUAAAUGUAUGUAAAUGUGUGUGCGUUAUGGAAGCAACAAAUGCCAAUUUAAGAAAUUAACAAAAAAGAAAAGAAUUGAAGACACCACACAACAAAAAAAGGGAAGUCAAGUCAGUCAAUCGUCAUUAUAUUUGUAUUCAGUACUACAAUAACUAAUAUAAAGUAGAAUAAAACAAAAGAAACAGCGAAGAAAACGAAAAAGGAAAAAAAAACUAUUUAACUUAUUGUUUUAUAGCAUUAAACUGUUAAGUUGUAACUCUUAACUUAAUAUGGACAACAAUGCUGUACAAUGCAUUAGUACAACAACGGCAGUGGCAGAUGAUAGUGACAAUGAUGAAGUAACGGAUUUCUUAAAUUCCAAUUCUUCCCCAAAUGCUCUUACACCCUUAAGUACUGUUGCUACUUCUAUAACUACUACUACUACUUCUUCGAUAGCAACUGCAAACAUUACAACUGAAACUGCUACCUUAAAUACUACAACAACAAGCUUUAAUAAUAUUGUGGAAAAUUCUAAAGCUAAUUUGAAUAAUAUAAAUCGUACUAAUACCGUAGAAAGUCAAAAUUAUUGUAUACCUGUUAUCAAUACACCGCCACCCAAUAAUAAUCAACAACAUUCCACUCAAUCUCGUCAAUCUGCUUUAACCUCAUCUUCUUUCACCUCCUCGAACAAUAACAAUAAUAACAACAAUAAUAAUACUUUUAAUUCUCAACAAUUGUUAGCAACUAAAAACGACAAUAACAUGAUACCCAUUAUAAAUGUUACACCUCAUAGUCCUGCCAAUGUCUCGAAAUACAAUAACAUUUUCGAGGACACUCUCUCACAAUUGCAGAAUAUACGCGAAAGUGUAGUGCAAAUGAAAAAUUCUUCAACUCACAUGAAUGAUAGCCUUUCCAAUUAUGGUUUAGUUAAUGCCACCAUACUUAGUGCUUCUCUGCCGGAUCUUUCGGCUACGGGAAAUGGUGGUGUGGGUUCAUCGGGUGUUGGUCCUUAUGGACCAUUGGCUGCUCACUUUGUUAUGUGGUCGCCGCAGCAACAACAACAGUAUUUAUUAAAUGCUGAUCGCCGUAAAUCAUGGACUGGCAUUGAUGACUUAACAGCUGGUGGUGAUUGCACGAAUAAAAGUGUUAGUCUGUCGAGUUUGGAUAGUGAGGAGCAGGAAACGAUAAGGGUUACUGAGCAACGAAGACGUUCCGCUAGGAAUAGCACUGGUGGUAUUUCGACGCAUUCUUUGAAUGAGGCAGAGCUAGCAAGAGAUUUUGAACGCAUUGCCGCUAAAAGAAGUUUGGCCACCGAAAUUAUUAGCCGCAUACCUUUGCAGAAAAGUAUUUCCACGUCUUCGAUAGUAGCUAAGGAAGAUAUUAAGGCUAUAGCUAGACAUCUAACCGAUAGUGAAGAUGAAAAUCAAAGUCUUUUGAGGGCACAUGCUAAAAUUGAAGUAUACGAUAACGUAGAGAAGAGACGUAAACGUGGUUCAUUGUUUUUCCGCAAGAAAAAAGAUAAAACAAAAAUGAAAUCAAUUGGUGGUCAGGUGGCCAAUUGUGAUGUUUGUGGUGUUAGUUUGUCCUUGGGAACUCUAAAAGAUCAUCAGCUGGAGUGUAAGGGUGGUGGUAGCGGCAGUGGCGGUAAAAAGGGAAGUACUGCUGGCCUAGUAGGCGGUUUAAACAAAAAAUCGGAUAAAAAUGAAAUGGGUCAAGAUUUCUAUGAUGGUACGGAACAAAAUUCCAAUUAUAAUGAUGAUAAUACACCUUUAAUAAGAUCCGAGUUUCUAAAUGAUGCCCCCAUAGAAGCUCAUGAUCUAAAAGCCGAUCCUGCUUUGGGUAUAUGCUUAAAAGAGCAUGAUUCUUGGUCUCCCGGUAUACCCAAGGAUAUAUUGAAAACCCUUAAGGAUACACAAAUCAAAAGACAAGAACAUAUUUAUGAAUUUAUAAUGACUGAAAAGCAUCACUGUCAAACGUUGUUGGUCAUGCAAAAGGUGUUUGUAGAGAGUAUGGAACGUUAUUUUCCAGCACUUAAUUGCAAUAAAAUGUUUCCUAGACUGCAGGAGUUAACGGAAUUGCAUUGUGGUUUCCUGAAAAAGUUGAGGUUAAAACAAAAGGAACAUUUUGUGGUGGAUUCCAUAGCUGAUAUUUUAUUGGAAUUUUUCUCCUUGGAAAAGGCGCAACAUUUGCGUCUGGCUUAUGGCGAAUUCUGCGCUAAUCAUCGUUCUGCUUUGGAACAAUUUAAAUCCUGCAUGACUAGCCGUGAUCCCACAUUCUCUGAGUGGUAUAAACACUGUCUAACUAAUCCUCUACUGAAAAAGAAGGGCAUACCCGAGUGUAUAUUGUUUGUAACACAACGUUUAACUAAAUAUCCCCUGCUAAUAGAGCCUUUAUUGAAAAGUGCCCGUGAAGAUAAAUUAGAAUGUGAUAAACUGCAGCAUGCUUUGGCUUUAGUUAAGGAACUGCUGGUCGAUGUAGAUGCCUGUGUGGCCGAAAAAGAGCUAAGAGAACGCCAAAUCGAUAUCUACAAUCGCAUAGAUAAUAAAUCAUUUGCUAUUUACAAAAAUAAACCUUUCCGCAAAACAGAUGUGGGUGUCGAAUCAAAACGUAGACUUAAAUUUGAGGGUUUGGCCACUUUAAUGCAGGGCAGAUCGAAAAUGCAAUUGGUGCUUGUGGUGGUGCUGACAGAUUGUUUAUGUUUCUUAAAUGAAAAUUCGGCUCAUAAUAAAUACAUGUUUUUCACACCAGAACACAAGGCGGGUGUAGUGCCUCUACAGAAACUAUUGAUAAGAGAAAAAGCGGGUACAGAAUCUCGAGGCAUUUAUAUUAUCUCAUCGAAUCCUUUGUUUCCCGAAAUGUACGAAUUAAAAGUACAAACUCCCAAAGAUAAAAAUGUUUGGAUACAAUCCAUACGCCAAGCAGUACUUGACUGUCCCUCUUCCGAUGUCAUAGAAUCGGAAGAUCUAACUCAUGAGGAGAAAUUGCGUAUAGGUGUUAAUAAAAGAGAAAUAAUAGAGAAAAUAAGACAAAAGGACAUAGAGCAGGCUAUAUUGCUAGAGGAAAAGAUACUCUUGCAAUUGAAUCUAAUACAAAAAGAUCAAAAACUUUUUGCCGAACAACAGCCCCAAGAACAACAACAGCAGCAGCAAAUUAAUAAUGCCAGCAACAUGAGUGCUGCUCAAUUUCUAACUACAUUUGGUUCUUAUAAAGAUCUGUCAGUGGGAGCCGAUUGUGAUACUGGCGAAUUGUGGAAAAAGGUAUUGAAUACCGUACAGGAUAUAACACAAUUGGCUUCCACUGUUUAUACAGCUGCCACAGGACAACCAGUCUCAAGAUCUGUUAGUUCGGUGGGUGAGAAGCACAGUGAUACCUACAACUCUCCUACCCUACCUAAAAGAGCAGAAACUUUUGCCGGUUUCGAUGAGAAAAGAGCAAAAAACAAUUUCCCCUGUAGAGCCGACAAAUUGGGCACAUUACAAGUAUUAUCGCCACGUUUACAAGAACUAGAGGAAACUAAAAAAGAAACCAAAAACUCUUCAAUAAUAUCCACACUUCUAGCAACGGCUGGUGGGGAAAUGGACUCGCAAAUAUGUGAUACAUUAAACCCCAGUGGUGGUAGCCUAGCUGUAACCAAAGAUAAUAAUUUAGCUUUACUACAAGUUACCCACAAUCUACACACUCUGCUGUGUAUCAUUUCACAGCAAAUGACCACCAUACAAUCGCUGCAGCUGCAGUUAGCUCUUUACCGUGAAAGUCCCCGAGCCUCGUACACCCACAAUGAUCAGUUGGAGGAAUUGAGAAAUUUACAAGAUAAACUGCAAGAAGAAAAGACAGCUUGGAUGCGUCAGAGGGAGCAGCAAGAACAGGAAUUGAAUGAGAAAAAAGAAGCACUCGAUAAAAUGCAAGAACAAAUCAACACCCAGCAGGAAGAUAUCAAACAGCAGCGUGAACAGUUGUAUAGAAAAAUGGAAGUGUUGUCAAGUCAAGGUCUGCUCAUUUCACCCAAUACACCACUCAAUAUAUCUACACAACUUUUACAAAGCUCGACAGCAAAUAAUGCCAAUGAAUUGGAUAAUGAUGUACAUGACUCGAAUAGUGCGUCAAAUGUACAUGAUUUAACAGCUAUGACAAAUACCGGCUCUUCUAAUGCAAAUGCAUGCAACACCCCUACGCUAACCUCUGUGGCAAGUACAGUGGACAGACGUAAAGAUAAAUGGCGUACUGCUUCGACAAUAUCAAAAACUCCACCUGUUAAUCUGUUAAGUGCUACAAAUGCUCCAAAAACUCAAGCCAAUGUGGUAAAACAAAAAAUACCCAUGAAACUAUCAUCCCUAUCAUCGACCACAUCGAAUUCUUCAUCUAAUGCGGGUGCAGCAAAUAAAGUGGAUAAAUCUAAUAGUUUUACCACCAAUAAUCAUUACAACUCUUCCUCAGCGGCGGGUAUAACACAAAUGUUUCCCCUUAAAUUGGCCGAUAAACGUAAUAAUUCCUCAACUCCCUUAGCCUCUCAACUAAUACCACAACAUUCACGUACUGGCAGUUCUCCGGCCAUUAUACAACACCCACAAACGCCCCAUAAUAGUGCUGCAAAUUUAACCUCACCCACACCACCCUCCUCGGCAGGAGUAACACGCACCGAUUCUUCGGCCACUUUCACAUAUGGUCAACGUUAUUCUUUGGGUUCAGCCAACGCGGCAGUCACUUCUACUCCCACCUCCAGUCGCAUAAUUUCCCAUACUUCAGCGGCACAAACAAAAAUACCUCAUAUGUCAACUGUAACAGCAGCAGCAUCAACAACAUCUUUACCAUCUUCCACAAAUCCAGCAACUUCCUCUUCAACAGCAGCAACAUCAAAUCGUCCAAAUGUUCAAACAAAACCCGAGGAAGAAGAAAUCUAUUUUUGACGUAAGUUUUCUAAAGAAGUGGAAAUAUAAAAUUAAUAAUAAUCUAACAGCUUAUCAUAAUACUAAGAAGGGCUUAAUUGAUAUGUUUAAAUAAGUAAAUAUCUUAAUUUAUACAUCAUAUACAUACAUACAUAUUAGUUUAUGUAUAGACUCAGUAUUGACUUAAAAGUAUUAUUAAAAAUUUUUAUUUUUUUUUAACAAAAAAUUUUUGCAAACUUUGGAUUUUUAAAGAUUUAUGGUUUUUUAAAGUUUUAUCAUUUAUUAGUUCGUUGUGAUCUUUUACAAAUUUUGCAUUUAGUAAAAUAAAAACUAUUUCUAUAAAAUUUUAUAAUUUUCAGUUAAUUUAUUAGUAGAAUAUAGUCGGAAUUUGAAACCGAAUCACCGUAUACAUGAUCAUAACGUUAACACUUUUCGAAAACGAAAAUUGGGUAAAAAGUGCUAGUAUUUCUUCUAGAUAUCGAAUGCCAUCCAUCGUCUCAAAAAGGAACAUUAAGAUAAAUUUUACUAGAUCAAGAAUGCGAUAAUUUAGCCCCAGAGUUUUGUUCUCUUAACACAGAAUGUGUGAGUUGUAUCAGGAUAUUUUAAAUUCUUAGUUCUUAUAAAAUUAAUAAAUAAGUCAGACAGGACUAGCCUUAUUUCAAUAAUUUCCGACUUCUUAUUGAAUAAGAGAUGCAUAUGUAUAUAGAAAGUCUGGCAUCGUUCAGUAGAAGAUGGUUUAGAUUGAAGAAGAUGAUCUAUCCGCUUACUAUGCAGAUCGUUUUUCUAAUUGUUUUUGUAUAUUUGGUCACAUUUUAAAACAAAUUGAUUGAAUCAUCGAUAGAAAAGGAGCUGGUUAAAGAGUUUUUUUAUUUUAUGUUUUGUUUACGUUUUUCAUAUGUGGAAUCUGUCUGAUGUUUAAAGAUCCUGAUUAAUAUUACAGCUGUAUUUUUCAAAUAGUUUCUUUAAUUCAGUUGAUGAUAUCAUUGAUGUUCUCUGUAUGAUGAUUAAAGUAUAACUAAUUAAAAUUUAUAAAGACAAGGGUAUUAUCUUCUGUCUCUUUCUGUUUUACCUGUGUACUUCACUGCACAUCUUUUUCUCAGCUUGUUUGGGCGCUUCCUUAUUGAGUUUGCCCUUCCUCUUUAAGUAUUCUUCAACGGUUAAAGUUUGAGGUCCUACUUUCAUGUUGGGUUCUCCUUUUAAGCACUCCAAACUUCUAAAGUUCGAAUUAUUUAAACACUUCUUUAAAUAGGCAGAAUCGACAUGUGUUAUAACAGAAACGAUUUUGUCCUCAUGAUCUUCAUUAAGGUAUUAAGCCCCGUUCUUUAUUCUUAUAUACUGGAUGACAUCGUCAGGCAUAAAACUGUACUUCUCUGGUAAGAAAAUAACAUUGUUUUCUAACUCCAACAUUGUCUUAACUCCAAAUGUUGUUAUCUUCCUUUCACAUUUCCAUAUUAUCAACUUCUUGUUUAUGGAUAAAACUGUACUUCUCGGGUAUUGUUUUCUAACUCCAAAUGUUGUUAUCUUCCUUUCACUUUUCCAUAAUCUCAACUUCUCGUUCAUAGGAAUAUCCUUUAAGGAUAAAACUGCAAUUCUCUGGCAAGAAGAAUAACAUUGUUUUCUAACUCCGACAUUGUCCUCCAAAUGUUGUUAUCUUCCUUUCCUUUUCCAUAAUCUUAACUUCUCG